UCUUUCUGUUUAUGAAUGACUUAAAUCAUCUCCCUGAAAUCCCAAUCCAUAUGCCACGCCUACUUCGAGGAGAUUGUCAUCUAUUGGCUGAAGGAGACAAGAAUACAAGAUUAGACACCGUAUUUGCCGCACUUGGGUGUAUAUAUGACCAAAUUCCCCUCACAAAAAGUAGACACUUGUUGUUUUUAACCUGACCAGUCAGAGAUAGCAUUGUGCGUUACAGUGAGAGCGUGAGCUCCAGAGAGACACAUUUGCCUUAUAGGCACUGGAGAUAUGAACACCAUCGACGCGCAGAUCCAUAACAAUAGUAACGCUGCUGUCAACCCUCUCCAGCAACUGCCAAAAAGCGCUCACGAGACACCGGAUAUGGCCGUGUACUGUGACAACUUCAGUGUUUACCACCAACAGAGUCUACCUGCGGCGCAGAGACCAGCGGGCUACGGCCUGGGGGACUACGCGACCCCAAACCCAUACCUAUGGCUCAAUGGACCUAGUGUCAACUCCUCUUCGUCGUACAUACAUGGCAACAACAGCCCCUCGUUCAUCCCCCCGGCUUACGGCUCUCAGAGGCAAUAUCUCACUAACUCCUCCGGGUUCGCCGGUCCGGACUUAGGCUGGCUCUCCAUCGCGAGCCAAGAGGAACUUUUAAAGCUCGUGCGCCCGCCUUACUCGUACUCGGCUCUGAUAGCCAUGGCGAUACAGAACGCGCACGAGAAGAAGUUAACUUUGAGUCAGAUUUAUCAAUAUGUGGCGGAUAAUUUCCCGUUUUAUAAGAAGAGUAAAGCGGGAUGGCAGAACUCCAUCAGACACAACCUUUCCCUGAAUGACUGCUUCAAAAAAGUGCCGCGUGACGAAGAUGACCCAGGGAAAGGAAACUACUGGACUCUAGACCCCAACUGUGAAAAGAUGUUUGACAACGGAAACUUUCGUAGGAAAAGGAAGCGCAGAUCUGAUUCCAGCACAGGUGUUGCCAGCAACACAAAACCGGAGGAUGAUCGACAGCUCGCAGGGAUCAAACCCACCGACAGCCCUCACCUCACCGGACCCGCAUCUCCUGACACUGAUGCGGCCAAUGACAGCCACAAAGGCGCGUCUCCUGCAGGCCUCGCGAGCGCUCCGUGCUUCAACAAUUUCUUCAACAGUAUGUCUGCCUUAAGCUCGUCCUCGGCUCCAACUAGCAGACAGAGCUCUCUGGGGCUGGUAAACGAACUUUCCAGCCGAAAUAUCAGCGCUUUGAGCCAGUACCAUGCCACCUCAGCACCUGAUGCAGGUGGAGCGAGCGAGCUCCAGGACAGUGUGCACGUGAACCGUGGAAUGUACUAUAACUCUUUUACUGCUGGCGGCCAGAGCGCGCAGUUCAACGGACACUUCUACAACAGCUUCAGUGUGAACAGUCUUAUUUACCCCCGAGAUGGAACGGAGUUAUAAAUCUGUCACGCUCGUGAAUAGCCUAUCCAUGUUUUCUAAUAAGAAAGAAAGAUUUAUUUUUUCAACACUGUGUAUGUGCUGCUGAAAUGCAACAUGCCUUAGAAGCAAAUAACAUUCAUUUAAAUGCGACAUUUACACAUUGACAUCCACCAAAUGAGUGAAAUCCGAUGUAUUAGUGUCAAAACACGUUUUAUUCUGUGAAAAAUCUAUUGACUUCUACAUUGGAUUCCUUUAUGUCUUAACAGAGAUUUCCAUAUUAUGUGCCAGCUUUUUGAUCAUGCACUAAUUUAAAUGGAUUUAUCUUUUUAGUUUGAAUUUAUAAUAGUGUUUGUAGUAGUAGUUUGAUGGAGGGAUUGCCUUGGUAUCCAUGAUUGCCAAGAUUCAGUAUUGUCCAAUAUCGAAAAAAAGUUCUGUCUCUUUUUUUUUUCUUUCUAUUGUGUAUUUUUGUAAAUGCAAUUGUUUUGUUAUAUACUCUUGUUUUUAACUAUUUAUAUUAAGUUAUGUAACUUGCAGUUUGUCCUUUAAGGAAAGAAAUAUGUGGUCUGGUAAGCUUAAAUGGUUAAAAUGAAACUUUUACCUGCAAGGUAUAAGGUAAUAAGUGAAUUAUCGAAUGUCAUCAUGCCACUAACUCACUUGAUUUUAGGAUGUUUCAUAGCCGAUGAUCUUUACACAGAUAAAAGUCACUACAUUUAUUUUUCCAAAAAUUAUGCAAAAUAUUAAUUUUUAAAGAAAAUAAAGAAUUACAAAUCCAAAUCUCAAUAUUUAGAUUUUUUUCCCCCCUUGAACAUUUGCACUUUUAAUAUGAGUUUACAAACCUAUGCUGGAUAAAGAUAGUAUGCAUUUAAUUCAAGCAUUAAAAUUACUAAGAAAUAUUUGUUGAAAAAGGCAACGAAUGUGCAAAUGUGAAACAUUUUGCAUUCUCCAAAUAUUAAACUUAGUUAAACUCCUCAGCGCUUAUAUAUAUAUUUAAUUAAAAAUGACUGCAUCACUAUCAAAACUCUGCAAAAUGGUUGACUACUCUGAAUUAUUUUAAAUAUUGGGAAUAGUGACCAUUUUAUGUCUUUUUCUUUUAGGUGAAAUGAUAAAAAUGUUUUCUUAUACCUGUGCUUAUCACAAGAACCACAGCUGAAAAGUUUAAUACAAAAUAACCUGUUGUUGCACAAUGCAGUUUUAAAUCUCUGAGACUGUCUGGUUAUGCAAUCAUCAUGCUGACUGUCCUGUGCAGACCUCAGGAGUAUUUCUACAUGCUGUUUCUGGCUCUCCAGCCUUAGUCUUCUCUGAAGAAAGCAGAAAGAUGCACAGAUAGCAAAGCUGAAGUUUCUGUCGUAUUUCCAAGUUCCACAGACCACAAUACCACUAUUGUUCUGUGUGUACCAGAACAGCUCUUACUCUAUGUCUCUGUG